CGAAAUCGUCGGGCAAACAUGGCGGACUUCACUCUUUGCUCCUUAGCUACUGACAUCUUACUGUGUUAACCAGACAACUCAGAUGAACCAUUGACAAGGUUACAAGAAAACAUCUUUGGUGUACAAGUUUGUGUACCUGUGUGAGAGUAGUGCAAAGCCAUGGAAACUGGAGCUCAUGAUGGUACUUUAGAAAAUUCUGAUACUAGUGAUGUGAUCAAAAGUUUGAGUCAAAAAUUUUCACCAGAAGCAUUGCAAAGUGCUUUGAAACUUGCAGUGGCUAUGAAGAAUGCUUCUCAAGAGGAAUGUGAUUCUGUAAUGAGGUCGACAUCCCAGCCAAAUGAAGCACUAGAUUCUGAGGAGAAACCGUCCUUAGAGGUUGACCGUUGUGAUAAUGAUAAUGGCCUUGAGAAGCUUCAACAAUUAUCUGAAUUAUUAGAUCAAGUUGAUGAGGUCAGGAAAGUUGAAGAGGAUAAUAGUGAGAGAGGCAGUGUUGUCAUUAACGGACUGGGAGAGGGUAAAGACAACCAUAUAGCAGAUGAAAACGCAGCUACUGAUGAUAAUUCUUAUGAAACAGAAGUUAGAAGUGUCUUCACUACAAAGGAUGAUCAGAGGUUUUCUGAAGUGGCUGAUGAAAAGGACAAGAUAGAAGAUCAGAUUAGAUUUGAAGAUGAUGGCAAUAUUGGUGAUUGUGUCACAGCUGUAGCUAUUGAUGAUGUUAAUGCCUUAUUGGAUGGAAAGGAGGAUUGCAAAAAUGACUGUGUUACUAAUGAAAACUCAGCACAUCAACUCAGAGAGACCACCAGUAACAGUUGUGUUAAUUCUGUCAACAAAAGCAUUGUCACUCCAAUUGGAGAGCAGAUGUCUGAAUUUCCAUACAAUGAUGAAAGAUUUGCAAUAACAUCGAGUACUGCACAUGAAAAUUCUGAGAGUUCCUCAACAGGAUGUGCUAGUUCAAGCGAAGAUGAAGAAUUACCUGAGUUAUUGCAAGGCAAAGCUGAGGAUAGUUUCUCUGAGAUUGAAGAUGUAGAUGGGAAAGAGCCUGUGGGAGUUGUUUCUGUGGAAAGUGAGACCACUGAAGCCUCUGUUCUAGAGGGAACACUUUCCAUGUAUCAUGCAUCUUCUGUGCCCCAGUCAGAAGCUGUGGAAUAUGAUAAAUCCAAAGAAGAUUAUGCUGAAUCAUCAUCUUCAUCAGAUGAAGAUGAAAUGGUGUCAUCUACACAUUCUGUGGUGGCAUCAAGUGAAAGUGACCUAUCAGAGGCUGUUGUACCAAGUGGGUCAUUAGCUAAUCAAUCAGAAAAGUUGAAAGGGAAUGCAAAGCAAUUGGUUGAAGAGACCCAACCCUCCUUGCUAAUGACGGGAUUUAAGGAUGAUGAAGUUGCUGUUAAAGAUGAUGAAAUGAUUCCUGAAGAACCUCCAUAUGUCACUGCCCCAGUCUUAGAAAGGAUGUCAUCAUUGUCUUCAACAGGCACACAGACAUCACUUGAAAACCUGAGCCUUGUAAAAGAUCCGAUACUUUCCGCCCAUGGAAACCUUGACAGCAUCCUUAAUGGCAAAGAGCAUCACACAUCAAAACUUCCUUUCUACUACCAACCACAGAUUGUCAUGCAUGAAGAGAAACCUGUUUUAGUGCUUCAACCUGUGCCAUCAUCAACCUCUUCAUCAAAUGGUAAUGCCAGUGUUCCAGGGCUAGAAAGUAGUGCAUUUAAUGCUUCACUUCCAAUCAUUUUACCUUUAGCCUCACCAAGCAUUGAUAAGAAGACAAAGGAAGCACUUUUUCAGAGAAUGAGCCAGGCAGGUACAUUUCUUGUGGACAAAGAUGAUGUUGAAGAAGGUGAUGCUAACGAGAAAAAUUAUCUCAGUGGUUUGUUAUCAAGAGCAAUUUCUAUCAUUUCACAACCAAAUGGCAAAGAAAGUGGGGAACAUUUACUGGACUCCAAAGGGCAUGACAAACCUACAAUCAAGAUUCCAGCAACAGAAAAAUAUUCAGAACACCAAGAUGGAGGGAAAUCUGAGGGAUUACCAGAAUGGGUGGCUUCAUCCGAACUUGACAAGGCUUUCUCUGCAGCAGCAGAGAGAAUGUCUCCAACAACAGAACAACAAUCACCUGCCAUACUUGCAUCUCCAAGCGUCAGCUUCCCAAGUACCAAUCCUUUUGCUAAAGACUUGGUCGUUCAGAAAUCUGGACAUUAUGAUGUUGAAGCAGAUAGCUCAUUAAACCCUGGUAUGGGAGAACCACCACUAUAUUCUUUAUUUGGUCCUCCAAGUUCGCCAACUGUACUUCAGGGUGCAAGACCAAAGGAAUUCAGGGCUUACCAGGAUCUUGGGAUUGGUGACAGUGGAACAAACCCAUUCACUCCAGAUCCUCCAAAGAGUACCAAGCAAAGAAGAAGACAUGAGCAAAAGUCACCCAGUUCUGCUGAAGUGGUAGUUGCUGCUGAAGUGCAUUCUUCUGAAGGCCACCCUGGAGAGAUAAAUGGAGUCUCACACAGAUCUCCUAGACGUAGACUGUCAAGUGAGUCCAUGGUUACACUGAUCGAGACAUCAUAUCCUGACACAUCUGCUGAUUAUGUUGAACCACCUGGUAUAGAUGAAACAUCAAGAGCAACCGAAAAUCCUCAACUACAACAGGAGAGAAACGAAAAUAGCCAUGUUGUACAAAAACCACAAAAGACACUGCAGGAAAGUGGGGAAAUCCAUUCAGAUACUAAAAAAGUCAAGCCCAAGACAAAAGUGCCUGGGAAAGUGGCCCCUUUCUGGAUACCGGACUUUGCCUGCACCAAGUGUACUGGCUGUAAAGUAAAGUUUACACUUUUUAUCAGGAAACAUCACUGUAGAGGUUGUGGAAAGAUAUUUUGUAACACCUGCUGUUCACAAUUAGCCAGAUUUCCCUACCUGGAGUUCAAAAUUGGUAGAGUUUGUAAGUCAUGUACCAAGGCAAUAAAAGAAGCAACUCAGUUGAAGUCAAAGGAAGACGCAUCCAAACAAGAACAGUUGCGGCAACAAUCAGACUCGCCAGCUUCAAUCCAGUAUCCAAAGGGGUUGUCCCAGAGAAAUGUAGUGACCAACGCAAACGGACAAGGAAAUUCACCAUUGCUUCCACAUAGUUCAGUCUUGCCUGCAGGAGUUGUAGCAGCGAAUAUGCAGCCACAGAGGAACUCACUUCCCCUUGCACAAGGUCCAAGGACAGCCACGACGUCCAGUGGGCUUGUGCCAGUAAAUCAAGGGUUACAGGGAAGUGUUUCAAGCCAGUCUCUUCCGUAUCAGCCAUUAACAUGGCCACCAGAGUCUUCCGGGAGAGUUCAAUAUAAUACAACACCAUCACAACCUGUUGUGCCCUCAAAUAACCCUUUACAAGGAUCCCAGAGUCAUACCAGACCUGCUCAGCCAGCUAAACAGUACAUGUGGGUGCCUGCUUCUCAGGUUCAACAACCAGCUGUACCAGUUGUUUACAUGAAUCCUGUUGCACCUAAUUUACAAGGGGGACCCAUGUUGAUGACCUAUCCACCAGGGCAGCAGUUCAUUCCGCAGCAGGCUCCAGUUAUGCUGCUUGCUAACCAACCAUCUUCUACUUCAUCCUUGGUUCGGACAACUGAAGCACCUAAGACCUCGAGUGACAGUUUGAAAGGCACAGUCCCAGUUUCAAACCGAUCUCCAUCUGGGACAGUGACAACUUUUAGUGUCUUGCCACAACAUGUGGGACAGAAUGCGGUCCUUUCUGCUCAGGGCUACAAUACUGGAACUGUGAAAACAACAACAACGACGACGACACCAACAACAGCCGCAACUAUAAAUAAUCAAGUUUCCAGCAAUUCAAGUUCAGCUCCCUCAAGUCAAAUACAACCUCCCUCGUCACAGUCACUUCAGAAAACUAUCCCAGAACCCGGUGAAGAGGCUCUCACUACAAACCACAGCCUUCCUUCUACUUCUGCACUUGAUCACACUCCUUCUCAUGCGAUUACCACCACUUCACCAUCUCUAAGGGUAUCCUCUUCUGUGAUGAGCAGCUCAAGCGGAGACCAUCAAUCUCAAGAAAGUCUUAGCAGAAUCCAACGUUCAAGGCAAUCGGAUGGUAGUGUUCUUGUUACUGAUGAAACAGACCCAAGCACUAAAGAAAUCAAUCUACCGUUUAGAAGGGCAGGAAGGACCAUUACGUGGCGUCACAGAACUCAAGGAAAGAGCAAAUUACAAGAGCAGAAGAAGUCUUUAGCAAAAGAUUUGAGAGACCUAACCGAUGGCAUAACAGUUCAGACCACAGCAGACCUCCUCGUUCACGUCAAGAAAAUGAAAUUAAAAGAGGGAAACAAAAUCAUUACAGUGUGGUGCUACCAGAGUGAGGGUCUCACCAAGUUUAAUCACUUGGAGGUAGUGGUUUUGUUGGAAAUACGGAAAAAGGAGGAAAUCUUUCCUGAAGAAGUUUUGCGGGUCUAUAGAGGCAUUUUACAUCUUGCUUCAAAAUUGGAUUAUCGUUUUUACCAUUGUAACUAUUUGUCGAGCAACAACCAGUUUCUUGACAGUCCAGAUGAUGCUGGUUUUAUUCUUGUCUCCAGUGAACUUAAGCCCAAACCUAUGGGAUUAAAAGGAAUCACGACACCUUUCUUGUACGGAAUCCUGGUAAAAAGGUCGGAACUUUCUGCUGCCAUGUUUACACCAAGCAGGCUUCUUCUUCGAUUGGGAAAUCAAAUGAACAGUUACCCGUUUCCUGUGUGGAAUAAUCGAGACCGAAGGCCAAUAUUUCUCGGUAACGAGCAUGACGACAGAUUUUUUCACACUGUGUUUGCCAUGAACAAAUACUUGAAAAACGGCGUGCCCGAGGCUAUGAUUCCUGGCCUGUAUGUGAUUAAGGAAGGAAACAAAAUUGUCUUACAGAUCCCCAAAAGUGGGCAGAGCGCGGUUGUGGGUCUCUUGGAUCGUCUGAUAAAGAAGGAAGAUCAAACAGCCACUGUGCCUCUUUUGGCUGACAUACCGCCAUAUUUGGAUAACUGUAAGGUUGUGGUUUGCGGUGAAAACGGGAAAAAGACAGUGAAAUCGUUCGGAAACACAAAUAACACUUCAGUUGUAGGUCUGAGUUUUGUGUUGCUUCAUCUCGGAGUUGAUGCUUCCUCGCCUCUUAACUUUGGAGGGGAGCUUUUGGACGAUGGCGUCCUGAUUUUCUUCUCAAAGGCUCACACGCUUAAGCUCCGACAAAGCUUGCAAGGGAAAACCAAUUGUUAUUUCUUUCUGGGCGAUAAAUUUGAUAUCGCUCAUUUUGAGCUUCGUUGGAUGGCAGACGUUAAUUAUCACGUGUUACCGUCACCGUCCCAAAACAGCCAACAUUAUCCUAUGAGGACGACCACUGAGGAUACGACACCAAAAGAGCCUGGGACCGCCUCUUUUCCAGGCCACGCAACCAUCAAUGUUCAAUACUCGGGAUUUGGAGACGAGGUUGAACUUUUGAGAAAAGUGUUUGACGACUACGGCAAGAUCCUGCGAGUCUUGGAAGGAGACAUUCGUCAAGCAUGUACGGAGCCACUCAUGAAACACUCCAAAAAAAUGAAAGCAGGCGACACCGAGGAAUUGCAGUUGCGUGUUGUGCUCAAACCAAGUUACAAGAAAUGGUCUGUAGGUCCCAGUAAUUUGCCAACAGCUUUGAUCCGGUCUCUUCAAAUGGUUCUUCAUACGGUCAAGGUUCCCAUGGUCUUUGAGGGAGAACUGGUGAUGAGUUUCUAUGUCAGUGUUCUUAAACAGUAGUAUUCCUUAGUGGUACGUCCAUGUUGCACUUGAAACGUAAGGAAAACGUUUUUAACUGGUUAUAGCAUUUAUUAAAAAGUAGAUAUUUAAGAUAAAUUUACAUGUGUAGAUGAAAGAGUAAUCUUGGUAACCAAGUAGUGACCUUCAGAGAGUUAUGUAGAAAUUGUGUAAUUAUGUUUAGUUAUAAGGAUAGUGUAAAUGUUGCCUUUUGAUGGCUGGUCUCAUUUAUCUCCGUCCAGGUCAGGCAAAGCUCAAAAAAAAUUAUAAUGCAGUUAUUCAAAGAUAUAUAAAUAUCAUUGCGGCCCAGAAAAUACAUAACACAUAUCUGGCUGUUCGUAAAAGUGUUGUUCGUGAUAUCUAAGAAAUCUCUGCAAAGUUGGUGCCUGCAAUGUUGACUGGGUUUCUCUGCAAGAAGAUAAAUAGAUGGUUGAUCUCGCUAAGUUAGAAGUUAAAUGAUAAAAACAAAAUGAUUAUCUGAUUAUUUUUGUAGCGAAGUAAAUAGUACUCGUCUGUUUCGAACUUUUGAUAAAGCCAUUUAUUUGUUCGGACGUAUACUGCCUAUUACUGCAGGGAUUUUUUCGUAGAUAGAAUUGUCCCCCCAAUCUUUAGCCCCGUGACUAACUUACCCAACCAAUCACAAAAACCCAGCCUCGAAAAUGAAGCUUGUGAAAGAUACAACCCUUAACGGGUGGGAGGGGUAAGCUGUUUUUCCCCAUACCAGGUUCAUAAAAGUUACGUAUAGUUUACAGUUUAGUGUGUAAAGUUUGUUAAUCAGCGUUGUUCGACAACCAUAAAAGUUUAAAGGAACUUUUAAAUUUAUACAACGUUUCUAAGUUUAUCACACCUCACAUGAAAGGAAGGACUACACCCUAAAUAAUCAUGAGGUGGGUACUUGAAGGGAGGGUAUUUCCUGAUGGCCCUUUCACUGCAGUGAUCCGACAGGUAACUGUCCGUUUUAGUUACCAUAGGUUUUUUUUUGUAACAUGUUUAAGAGAAUCAAUGUCAUUAUCUGCCUAUUGACAGAGUGAAAGGGCCGGACGGGAAAAUGUUUGGCACGAAGUCGUGAUGUACUUCAUGUUCGAGUGUCCAGCUUUCCCUCCCAGUUAAAUAUCCCACAUUAUGUGACAGCCGGUCUUUCUUCGUUCUUGCAUUUUGCAUUUUGCAUUUUUCAGGGCCGUAAACAUGGCUAUAUGGCUUUUUCCGGCCGUACUUAUUCCAUCAAGUAUGGCCCACUUAUGUUAAAUUAAGAUAAUAUUCUUCAACUAAUGUGUUUGUCUUAUCUUACUACCUUUCUGAUAGAUUUUGUAUUGGUGUUGUGAGAACUAACAAGUUAAUCGCUUUUGCUAAUUGAUGAGACAAUCAAACAUGCAAUAAUAGACAUAAUAAUGAAAAGCUGGCCUAUCGAACGCCAAUAUUCUGACCUACAACUAACCUGCUAUCAUGAAAAUGACACCAAUGGGUCUGAAAUGAUUUACAAAGCUAUGAAUGUAAAUUCUGUAAAAGAAGACUUCAAGUAAUAUGUUAGCUGUGGGUGGAUUGUUAGGCACAGUGUGAGCCCGUUUUCAGCCGUCCGAUAGGAAUGAUCUUCUCUGAAGGAAAUUUGUUAUGGAUUAACCAGUCUAUGUGAUUUUUUUUAUCCUUUUAUUUGUCAACGGUCGGUUUCUUGUUGUCGUCAGUACCUGAGCCAUUCCACUCCCAACUUCGAGUGGGAGUGGGGUGGGAAGAGGGGGAAGGGUUGGAGCUGGGGAUUGACAUCAUCUCUAGACAAUUGUCCAAGCUUUGAUGACGUGCUAACCAAAGUGUCCUCACAUCCUCCCUCUUCUCUUAUUCGCUGUCUUUUCAUAUACCUGUGUUUCGAUUUGCAAUCGUCAAAUUCGUCGUUAAAAUAUUUCUCCAUUACUUAAUACCUUUAAAUCCUAGUGUCUCUAGUGAUUCAACCUCCCUGUCUUCAUCACCCCACCCCCACCCCCACCCUUGUUGUCGUCACCCCCACCCCCACCCCUUUCCACUCCUAAUUCGCGGGAUUUUUCGCUUCUGAGGGACACUGGGAACAACAAGCUGACCUCUGUCCGAAACCUACAUUUGCGUAUGAGUACGAUUAGGAAAAAAAUUGUUGAGGGUUGUUAUUAUGCUACAUGCUGUGAUUGUACAGCAGCGGUUAUUGCCACUGGGACAGACAAUUAAGAGCUUAGAAGUAAAUUAUAUUUUUUAAAUAAAAAUGCCCGUGGCCCAUACUCAGCGCAGGGUUAUUGGGUUGAGAGCUUUUGUGAAGGGAGUUACACAUUUUGCCUCUCUAUGAUCAAAUGGUAUAAUUUUGAUUUCAAUAAACUUUCAAGUAAUGAUUUAAGUUAAACUUCGUAAAACAGAAAUUAAAAUAUUCAAUGUGUAUAACACAACUUUUGUGGAUGGAACUUAUCAGUUUUGCUUGAAAAGAGUUAAUUGUAAAAAGUAAUGUAACGGACGGCAUAUAUUUGACUAUGUAUGUUUAAUGGUAUUUUGCAUAGUUACACUAAUUACUUUGUUAUAACACCCGUUAAAUAAUAUUAAAAUACCUUUAUUAAAGAAACUUUCGAAAUUUGCAUCA